CUUGAAACGAAAGCGAAUUCUCUCAAAAAAAACCUACACAGAGUUAGAGAGUCCAAAGAGCAAUAGCAAAGAGCAAACAUGGCGGCAACCGUGAGCGCGUGGGCAAAACCAGGCGCGUGGGCACUUGAUUCGGAGGAGAACGAGUUGGAGCUUCAAAGGGAAGAGUCAGUGAAGGUUGAAAAUCACUCCAAUGGCGGCGGUGCCGGUGGCCUUGCCGAUUUUCCAUCUUUGGCCGCUGCCGCCACCACCAAAACGAAGAAGAAGAAGCCACAAACCCUAUCCCUUCAGGAGUUCAGCACUUAUAGCGCUGCUAAGCAGUCUCAAACUGCCGCCGCUGCGGCAACCAAAGGCCUGACACCGGAGGAAGUCUUGAUGCUCCCCACCGGUCCUCGCGAGCGUACUGCGGAGGAACUUGACCAGUCUCGACUCGGAGGUGGUUUCAGAUCGUACGGUUACGACAGGCAAGGGGGGAGGGGUUCGUCGGACGAUUCUCGUAGGCAGGGAGGGUUCCGAAGGGAUACCGAUAGGGAAAUUGCUCCCUCUCGUGCCGACGAGACUGAUGAUUGGGGUGCAGCUAAGAAAACAUCGGCUGGUAAUGGUUUUGAAAGAAGAGGGGAGAGGGGUGAAAGGGGAGGUUUUUUCUCCGAUUCCCAGUCUAAAGCUGAUGAAUCUGAUAAUUGGGCUGCGAAUAAAGCAUUUGUACCUUCUUCUGGUCGAAGAUUUGAUAGGAGAGGGAGUUUUGGGUCAAACGGUAGUGAUUCCGAUUCGGAUCGGUGGACCAAAAGGAAGGAAGAGGAAGGUGGACGGAGAUUUGCCUCCGGUGGUGGUGCAUUCGACAGUUUAAGGGAAAGAAGAGGCGGCUAUGAUUCCAACGGUGGCGUGGAUUCAGAAAAUUGGGGGAAGAAGAGAGAAGAGAACGGAGUUUCUGCUGGUGGUGGUAGGCCAAAGUUGAAUUUGCAACCAAGGACAUUGCCGUUGAGUGAAGGACAGCAGAACGGUAAUGAGCCUGCGCCUGUCCCUGUGGCGAAGCCGAAAGGGGCUAAUCCAUUUGGGGCAGCUAGACCAAGAGAGGAGGUAUUGAAGGAGAAGGGACAGGAUUGGAAGGAGAUUGACCAAAAGCUUGAGUCUUUGAAGGUAAAGGAGGCUUCUGAGUCCAGUGAUGGUGCUCCGAUUGUAAAGAAAGCUUGGGGGAGUCCUAACGGGAAGCUGAUUUUUCGCGAGGACAAGACCGAGAAGAGUUGGAGGAAGCCCGAGUUGAAUGAAGUUCCUCCUUCCAGUGCUGAGGAAACUGUAAACGGGGCUGUUGAAGAAACUGUAAAGGAAACUGCUGAAUCUGGUGGUGAACCACAAAUAUGAUGCCAAAGGAAGUAAAAGUUUAUGAGCUAUGUUUCCUUCAGAGUUUGAAAUAGAUUCAUGUGAUGCGAAGCAUUGAGGCAAUUUUGAUAGAACUUGUUAUUCUUAGUGUUUUGUUUUCUGUGUACCUACACCAACAUUAUCAUUUUGCUAUUUAUGUUUGUUCUUUUUUCUGUUGACUCAAUUUAGAAUUGUUUGUUCUUAAGCAUCAUUCUUAGGGUGUGGAACACAAAGGGGAUAAAGACUGUUAAAGAUGAUAGAUUUUGAUUUUUGA